UCGCUGACUUGUGAAGUGCCAUUAUUCUUAUUCGUCCAUUGUGUGAUUUUCAAGUUAAACGCACGAUUCGUACAAUGGCUGUGACACCGGAUUCCUAUCAGAUCUCAAAGAAGAUCAUAGAGGCUGUCAAAGAACACCCAGUACUUUAUUGUACUGAGGUGAAGGGUGAGCCGGUGAAGCUGAAGGAAUUCAAACUGCAAGUGUGGAAAUAUGUCUGUGACGAACUUGGACUGGACUCUACAUUGGUUAGACUAAAAUGGAAGUAUCUAAGGGAUACUUAUUUAAGCAUUUUGAGGUGCAAGACUAAGGCAAACGGUGUGAGAAGAAAAAAAUGGAUCUUUGAGAAUCUCUUGAGCUUCCUAAAAUUCCCAUGUGAAACAGAUUACGAGCCACAGUGUGCAGAACUGACCAAGGAAUACGUUGAACUGAUAAAUUCGAAAGAUUUGACUUCCGAAGGUUUGUCGGAGCUGUUAGAAGACCGAAGUGAGAACUAUUCCGAAUUCCUGGAAGUUCUUGACAAGUCAUCAGCUGAUCCAGUUCUUGAAGAGGCAUCAGCUGAUCCAGUUAUACUAGAACCCGUUGAAGAGACAAUAGAAACAAUAGAAGUAUUAGAAACAUUGAAAACAAUAGAAACAGUAGGAACAGUAGAAAUAUUAGGCAACAGUAAUGAACAGACAGUCGUUCAAGAAAUGGUGAUUGUACAAGAGAUUCCUACAGAGGAUGUGAACAAUAUUAAUCAAAAACGGUCAAAGAAUCGUAAAACACUUACGAAACGAUUGAAAACCAGAAAUACUUCUCCAAUAUCACCUAGCUGUGGAAGAACAACAAGGUCUUCCUCGAAGAUCGAUAAUUUAAAUGUAAGUAAUAUUACAGUAAUUGAGCCUAUUCUUGAGAAAAGAACACGUAGCGUACCACCUAUCUUACCAUCUACCGUACUAUCUACUGUACCAUCUAGCGUACCUCCUAGUGUACCUCCUAGAGUACGUCCUAAAGUACUAUCUAACGUACCAGUUAACAUCAUAUCACCUGACAUACCGUAUAUGAUUGUGAAAGAAACAAAAAAUAUGGAGAAAGAAAACGGGAAGCAAAAAUUUUACUUAGCGCCCGAAAAUAAGGGUAUAGAAUUAUUUUUUGAUAGCAUGGCACAGGCUGUGAAAAAAUUACCAUCUAACGCGCAAGCGGAUAUCAGGUUGAGUAUCUGCAAACUCGUCACAGAGGCGGAAAUAAAAUAUUGUGGUCCAACUACAGUACAGAGCACACAACAGUUCUUAACACCGCCCGGCAUGAUACCUAAGCUAAUUUUGAUUCCUUCUAGUAAGUUGGAUAAUCCAAAUGAUAAGAAUUGA